GGCCCCUCAGUCCUUACCCAAGAUGAUUCCAGCAGUGGUCUUGCUCUUACUCCUUUUGGUUGAACAAGCAGCGGCCCUGGGAGAACCUCAGCUCUGCUAUAUCCUGGAUGCGAUCCUCUUUCUGUAUGGCAUUGUCCUCACCCUCCUCUACUGUCGACUCAAGCUCCAGGUGCGAAAGGCAGCUAUAGACAGCUAUGAGAAAUCAGACGGCGUUUACACGGGCCUGAGCACCCGGAACCAGGAGACUUAUGAGACCCUGAAGCAUGAGAAACCACCACAGUAAAUUUAGAACAGAUGCCCUUUGUCACUUCCUUCUUCCACUUUCCUCUUAGUCCCCGUGGUUGGCAUCACAUAUGCCUCCCUGCCACUAAUGCCAGCUGACCCUGUCCCUGUAAUGAUGCUAUGCCCCCAUUAAUAGGCACCAGUGGUUCCUCCUCCCUGUCAAAGGCCUCAGAUGCUCUUCAUUAAUGUUUGUAUUCUUGUCUCACCCCCUUAUGGAACCUUCUAAAUCUUCCCCAUCCCCAACUCCCUCUAAACAAUGGGAAGGGACUACCAUCAAUAAAGCCGCCACAGACUGGA